AGGUGGGGCGGGUGCAGCCACAGGCCGGACUGCGCAUGCCCAGACGGCCCGGCACACGUCGCCACUGACAGGCUGGCCAACUUUCAACAGGCUUUCAGAAGCUCAUAUCAACCAAACCUGACCCCAGAUUGCAAGACAGGCGUCAUUUCAGCUGCGGAGCAUCAGCUAGCAUCAUCAUCAUCAUCGCUGACUAAUGGCGGCUUCAGAGGGAGACAAACUGUGGGGCGGUCGGUUCGUGGGAGACACCGACCCCGUCAUGGAGAAGUUCAAUGCCUCCAUCAGCUACGACCAGAGGAUGUGGGAUGCUGACAUCCGAGGGAGUAAGGCUUACGUGAAAGCGCUGGAGAAGGCCGAGCUGGUCACUACGGAGGAAAUGAACAGUAUUUUACAGGGGAUGGAUCAGGUCUCUCAGGAAUGGUCCAAAGGGGCAUUUGUGAUUAAACCUGGAGACGAAGACAUCCACACAGCCAAUGAGCGCCGACUAAAGGAGCUGAUUGGUGUGCCUGCAGGGAAGCUGCACACUGGCCGCAGCAGAAACGACCAGGUGGUGACAGACAUGAGGUUGUGGCUGCGGGACGCCAUCUCAGUCCUGACGGAAAACACCUUGCAACUGGUAUCUACGAUGGUGGAGCGGGCAGCAGUAGAAAUCGACGUCCUGUUCCCUGGUUACACCCACAUGCAGAGAGCACAACCAAUCAGAUGGAGCCACUGGAUUCUGAGUCAUGCCGUUGCUCUGAGCAGAGACGUGGACCAGCUUCAGGAGAUCAAGAGACGAGUUAACGUUUUACCUCUUGGCAGCGGUGCCAUCGCUGGAACACCAUUUGACAUAGACCGGGAGCUCCUGCGCAAAGAGCUGGCUUUUGAUGACAUCAGUCUGAACAGCAUGGAUGCCACAGGCCAGAGGGAUUUUGUUGCUGAGUUUUUGUUCUGGGCUUCGUUAUGUUUGACACAUCUGAGUAAGAUGGCUGAGGACCUGAUGCUCUACAGCACCAAAGAGUUCUCCUUCCUCAUGCUCUCUGAUGCCUACAGCACAGGCAGCAGUCUGAUGCCCCAGAAGAAGAAUGCUGACAGUCUGGAGCUGAUCAGGAGUAAAGCAGGUCGUGUUUUUGGCAGAUGUGCAGGGUUUAUGAUGACACUGAAGGGCCUGCCCAGCACCUACAACAAAGACUUGCAGGAGGACAAGGAGGCCAUGUUUGACUGCUAUGAUACGGUUCAUGCUGUGCUGCAGGUUAUGGCAGGAGUCAUGUCCACACUCAAGAUCAACCAGAGUGUGAUGGAGGCGGCCCUCAGUCCUGACAUGUUGGCUACCGACGUGGCCUACUACCUUGUGAGAAAGGGGGUGCCAUUCAGAGAGGCCCAUGGCAUGUCUGGUAAAGUUGUGGUCAUGGCUGAAUCCAAGCAGAUCCCCCUAAAUCAACUCACUGUGGAAGACCUGAGCACUAUUAGCCCUCUGUUUGAAAGUGAUGUAUCUUCAGUGUGGGACUACAGGAGCAGUGUGGAGCAGUACAGCGCCCCCGGUGGCACAGCCAAGAGUAGCGUCACUGCACAGGUGGAGCAACUGAGGAACUGGCUUGCGAAAAAAACGAGCACCCUGACCUCGGUCCCGUCUCACCUUUUCAACUUCAAACAGGCUGCCUGAAACGACUGACAAGAAAUAUAAAACGUUACACUGUCAAGGUCAGCUGUCUAGAGGUCAGCUCAAACAUGCUGAAAACCAUGUUGCCUUUUUCAGACUUUCUCCAAUGUUCUCUUUAGGUAUAUACAGUAUGUCGAUUUCUGUUACGCAAGUUAAAGUUAAACUUUAUCAAUCCCUAUGGGGACAUUUAUACUCUGCAUGUGACCCGCCUUAACUACAGGGGACCAACUCCAGUUCUACAGCAGGUGCCUCGAUCAAAGACAGCAGCAAGAACAUUAGCCCACAUUUAUAAAUACAUGUCUUACACAAGUUGUUGGCUACACUUCAAGAAAUGUUAUUGAUGAUAUUUACAAGGGCAAAAUAGAUUCGCUGGUUUCCACUGUCCAUUUAUUGUGUAUUAUAUUAAAAUUGACUAACUCAUUCUG